AUCAAAGCGAGACUGGCAGCUGAUUAUGACAGUUCCCCUGGACAAUUGCUGUCUAGAACUGCUUUUAUACGCUCUCACAACCUAGGGCCUAAUAGCUUUAUUCCCAUCCUUCGACAGCAGACCGAGACAGCCCGGACUUGUGUCUUGCACACCAUGCGAUGGGGUCUGCAUGGUGCUGGCCUUCGCACGGUAGCCAACAGCCAAUCUGUUGCCAGCGGUACAAAUUCGCUGUGGGUCAUGCUUCGGGCAACAAGGAGAUGCGUGUUGGUUUGUCAAGGAUUUUAUGCAUGGCGCAAGAAGGACAAGAAACUGGUUCCGUACUACUUCAAGCACCCCGAUUCACGCCUAGUCCUCCUUGCCGGCCUAUAUGAUACUUGCUCACGCUUUUGGACAGGAAACAUGGUGCACUCGUUUGUGCCCUUGGUUUCAAACCAUAACAGCCAGAGUAGAUGUUUGACUCCCGUGGUUUUGCAAACCUCAGCAGCUCUCACCUCUUGGCUGGACACCAGUUCGCUACAGUGGAACGAGACUCUAGCGGAACUUAUUGCGCCCAGCACGAAGGUGGAUUCGCUGAUGACGAAUUAUCAAGUGCUCUCCCGAAUUGAGCGUGAAUGCUCAAGCUCUCCCUCUAUGACGCUUCCGAUCUCAGAGCGCAUCGAUGGCAUUAAGGCCGCUUUUGCUCGGCAGCCUACAACGCCUUCCCGAGCGCAAGCGACUCCUACGCGCCGUCUCGCUCUCAAACCUGGGUCAGGGUUUCGGGGGGCUGCCAAGACCCCGGGACCUCCAGGCACGUCGAGUGCUUCAAAGCGAAGGCGGUCGCGCUCGCCUUCGGUCGAAAUAAUUGAUCAGCCGUCAUCGCCUUCUGCCUCUGCUGCUGUGCGAAAGAGGCAAAGGCUGACACAUGCUGUGAAUACUACACGUCGCCGUAAUGCGUGA